AUGUCUCCCUUAUUGCAGAAUGAACUAUUCUCUAAAUGGUCCUCGGCGUCUAUUUCAGCAAGACACAAGCUUCUUGCUAUCAGGCGACAAGAAGGAAUCGAAGAAGUAAAACGAAAGGGAAUUAUUAUUGACAGAGAAGUAUCACUUGGAACAAAGUUAGUCGUUAUUAUGGAUAACUGGAGUGAUCAGUUGCGAGUUAUUGGUGAAGUAGAUGUUAUUGUGGAUACGAGAAGUGUCUAUCGUUCUGAUGAAACCAUAUCCAACUUUAGUUGUGGAAAUUGGAGAUACGAAAAGUGUAAACGGCAACAAAAUAUUAUUCUCGACGUACCACUAUUCAAAAUCUAUCUGGCAAUCAAGUUAUUUCAUUCUCGUCAGGAUGGUUAUGUUGCAUUGCUUGCACUGCUUUAUUUACGUAACAAAUUAAAUCCAACCGUGCCUGUUAUCGUAAAGUCUUUUGGGACAGCAUCUCUUCAUGUUUCCACGCAAAAUUAUCUUCAAAGAACUGUAAAUGUGCCAGCCAAUACAAUUACUGGUCUCGGAUUUGGGGCAGGUCCUUGUAAUGACGCUAAUAUUCAAGACUAUCAAAUACCUAUUCCUACCAUCUUAUUUUUCAAUGGUGUUCCUGGCGAUAUUCCUGCUGGCGUACCUAAUAACUUUAACAUAGAUUUAUGGAAGUUGCAAGAUGUAAAUCUGAAUAGUUGGGUGCGAAAAUUAACAACUUGA